AUGGGGCCGGCUCCUGUCCUUCUCCUCCUCGGCUCGCUGUGGGGCUGCAGCGGUGAGUGCCACGGGGCCAAGAGCCACCCUAAUCCCCCAAUUCCCCUCUGUGCUGCUCUCCUUGCUUCGCCCUACAGCCCCAGGACCUCGCUGUCACCCUGUCCCCAUGCCACUCGGAGCUGUGGGGAGCUGGUGGCUGUCCCCUCCCCUGAGCCUGAGCUUUCCUCCUGCCCAGGUCGCUCCGCUGGCAGGCUGGUGGUGACACCGCAGCAGCCCGUGGUGCCCUUUGGGGGCUCGACAGACCUGAACUGCUCCUUGGCCUGCGCAGGGGGCAAGGUGGACUGGAGGGGGCUGGACACCGCCCUGGGGACCAUCUCCUCCUUCUCCACCCACAGCAUCCUGCACAUCAGGCAUGCCACCGUGGCCACGGAGGGCACAAAGAUCUGCCAGGGCAGCUGCCACGGGCAGCACUACCAGGCAACUGUCAUGCUGAAGGUCUACGGUAAGCGCUGCCCAGCUGUCACUCGCUGCCUCCCAGCACAGCCCUGGACCCCCAGGGCAGCCCCUUUCCUCCUGAGCUAUGCUGUGCUGCCAAAAAUCACCUUUGACUCUUUUCCAGCCCUCCCAGACACGCUGAGGCUGGAGGCAGCUCCCCACAUCUUGCGCCCGGGUCACCCCGCCAACCUGACCUGCUCGGCCAUGCGCCUGUAUCCUCCCACCGGGCUGGCCCUGGCCUGGUACCGGGGGCAUCAGCUGCUGCAGGAACCAGAUGUUGACUGCGAGGAGGAGGCUGAGGAGGAGCUGUGUAGUAUGGUUUCCACCCUGUCAGUGACAGGGACAGAGGUGGCAGAAGGGGUGGAGUUCAGGUGCGAGGUGACGCUGCAGGUCGGGCAGGAGACCUUCACCAGAGUGGCAUCUCUGGUGGCAAGUGCUGAGGCUGUGGUGGAGCAGCCAGCAGCCGUGGCCACCUCCACGGGGAGCCCCAGCACAGCCAGGCCUGUGGCCACCACAGCACUCCCUCCAGGGAGUGUCCCUACAGGUGAUGCCACCACAGCACGGGAGCCCAGCGCUGGGACCACUCUGGAUCUAGCUGCUGUCACCAAGCCCUCCUCCACGGUGCCCUCUGUGCCCCAGGACCUCAUGGCAGGCAGCCCCAUGGCACGUGUGGCCACCAGCACCCUCCCUGGCUCUGGCACGGCGGCGCCAGGGCCAUCCGUGGGGACAGUGCCCGCCUGCAGCCUGCAGAUCUGGUCGCUGCCUCCCACUGGGACGUGGGGCAGGGCCCUGCGCAUCGAGUGCCAGGCUCGGUGCACCGGGAACGCCACGGUGGGCUGGCUCCGGACCCCCGCAGCCCUGUCGCAGUACCGGGAGGAGUCUGCGGGCAGCAGCUCUGCGCUGUGCCUGGACCGCGCCGAGCCCUGGCACCAGGGCCACUACCAGUGCGCCCUGCUCGGCCCCCGUGCCCAGAUGGCCAGCCUGGAGGUGAUGGUGGUGGAUGAUUCCUUCAGCUCCAGCUCCAUUGCUAUGGGGACAGCGGGAUCGCUGCUGGGGCUCAUCGUGACCGCUGCCGUGUCUCGCCGCCUGUGGAAACGAUUCAGAUCGCGGUAG